AGCAUCGCGGUACAUUUUUUUAAAAUCCAUCACACGCUCUGGCGUUGGGUCGAGCAGCGUUCUGGUGCUGUUCCUAAUUAGACAAUAUUGCACAUUUCAGCCUUCGACCGCCGAACCCUCAGCAGACCUCGACCUUCUCGGCUGGUCUAGAGCCUUGAGAUGGCCAAAGGUAUCCAACUGGAGCAUGUUUUGACCUCAUGGAAGAAGCAUGUUCUGACGACCACCAGUAAACCCGUGGACCCAAUUCAACACCGAGAAGCCCUCAAGGAGAACAAACCAGAGAUGAACAGGGACAACUCGUGUAAAGCCCAGUCCACACUCCAUAGCCUGUGGAGUCCGAGCAAACCCCGAUCCCCUCUGAGUGAAAACUCCAGCUGUGUAUUCCAGGAAGGAAAUGGCUUGGAAAAACCUCACUCUGAUGCAGCAAAGCCAAAGAAAGACCGAGCUACUGAAAUACACAGCGAGGUUCCGAAGUCCAACGAACAGAAGUCAGCCCGGGCCUGUCUGCUCCUCUCGGAGUCCCGAGAACAAACCAACACAGAAAAAACCCAGGACAAAGAACCCAUUUCACAGACUGAGCCUGCACCACAAAACAAGGCUAAUGGAACCAAAACCCAGAAAGGUGGUGGUCACAAAGCCAGGGUGAAAAAAACAGAGAAUAAGAUUUCCCAAAACAGGAAAGUCACAGAUUACUAUCCAAUUAGAAGGAGUUCAAGGAAAACUAAAGCUGAGAUGAAGGAUGAAGAACAGAAACACAUCAACGAACUUAUCAAGAAUGGUGUCGAAGAAGGAUUGCAGGUGCGACACAUAGAUGACAAAGGAAGGGGAGUGUUUGCAACCAGGGGCUUCAUAAAAGGAGAGUUUGUGGUGGAGUACAACGGAGACCUGCUGGAUAUCGAACGGGCUAAGAAAAGGGAGGCUGAAUAUACUCUGGACCCUGCCACCGGCUGUUACAUGUACUACUUCCAGUACCACAGCAAAACCUACUGUGUGGACGCAACAAGGGAAACUACCCGCCUGGGCAGAUUGAUCAACCACAGUAAAGCUGGUAACUGCCAGACCAGGCUUCACGACAUUGAUGGAAAACCCCAUCUCAUAUUGGUGGCGGCCAGGGACGUUGACGCAGAAGAAGAGCUGCUGUACGACUAUGGGGAUCGCAGCAAAGCCUCUCUUAGUGCUCAUCCCUGGCUCAAAUACUAGGCUGUUGGCAUCCACCCCACCCCCCCUCACAUAUUUAAUUGACAACACUGUUUUGAAGAUAAUAUGACUGAGCAUAGUUGUAAAAUUGCUCAUUUUUUAAAUCAAGUUUAACUUGCUGAUUUUAUAAAUAUUUAGACAUGAGCUUUUCCACGAAUUGAACUGAGGCUGCGGCUGUAUCGUUUUCAUGAUUUUAUCUUUUAAUUUCUCUUCACCCACUGUCGUAAAAUGAUGGUUUAAGAGUGAGGGAUACCAUUUCUUCUGAGAAGUAUUUGUAUACCCUGUAGGAGUUCCUUGUAUUUACCAUUCUGUUUCACUGUUGUGGCUAAAGCCAUAUUGUAAAUUGAGAAAUAAAUCAGUGAAAAUUG